UCUUCUCAACUCGAUUUAUACACACACACACACACACACACACACACACACACACAUAUAUAUAUAUAUAUACAUACAUAAAGCAUUUUUCUCGUAGAUCAUAUGUUUGUAUACGUACAUACUUAGUAAUGUAUUAGUGAAGAUUAUCGCCCCGCUCAGUUUACUCUUUCAUUUCCUUUUGUUUGACACUGGUUAGCCUUGAAUCAUCAUAGUCGCCGUUACACUGGCAGUGUAAUUGCGUGUAUGCGUUCAAGAGAAUCUUAGAACAUCUUUCUCAGGUUCACAAGCAAGGUUCUUGCUUAUUAUUAACACGUGUGUGAUAUUUCUAUUCUUUUUUUUUUCUUUUACUACGAGUGGACGUGUUGCUGGGAAAUUAUCGAUUUUGUCCAAAGGGGAAGAUGAAAUAUUUGUACGUCAGUUUUAUAUUUUUUGCAUAUUACUACGUGAUAUGGGGUCAGGACGUAACAUUUCCAACUGAUGAGGAGACGGCUCACGUCAGCGGUGGCAACUCCACGGUAAUAACGGAGCGUAUACCCGUAUACAUACCGGGUAGAUGCCCGAAAGAUAUGCUUUCCUAUCCGAGCGACAGUGCGAAGGACGCGUGGGUGUGCGAUUGUAGACCUCGAUUCUUGUACUUCCCGAUGAACGAUUCCUGCUAUGAAGCCUACAGACAAGGUCCUUGUCCACCCAAGAAUUAUGUCGUUCUUCCUGAGGACGAGGCCGUUCCUCGUUGCGUGGAAAAUCCUUGCUUGGAAGAUGGCAUAGUACCGUUCAAUGAUGGGUGCCAUCCUCUUAGAACAAAAGGUGGUCCGUGUGCGCCUGAGGGCGUAAUAGGAGUGAACGAAACUACCUUUCAAUUGCAAUGUGUAGAAGCAAAUAUUGCACCUUUCUUCAUAAUUGAUGGUCCCACGAGGACGUGUCCACCAGGCAGUCGUAGGAGUACACUUGGAAUAUGCAAAAAAGUAUGAAUACAUAGAUAUCUUGAUCCACGCGCUCUCUACUUUGAUGCCUCAUAUACAUUUUUUUAUGAUUCAAAAUAUGAGACACAUUGCAAUGUGAUACAUAUACGCAAUUUUUCAGGUUAGAUUUAGUAAAAUACAUCAGGCUGCAUCAGGAUAACUUUAAUAUAUGUAUUUUAUAUAAUAAUUGAAAUACAAAAUUAUAUGCGCGCUUUACAAUAGACAUACUUGAAGGACAUUAAAUAACAAAAUGUAGGCAUCAUAUGAUAAGUAUCUCUUACAUCUUGUAUUAUUAAUCUUAAUAUCUUGGUGGGUGGCAUAUUAUAAAUUAUAUGCAUACAUAUGUAUGUAUAUGUACAAGUAUGAUAUAUCAUAUCUAAUACAAUAGAAUAUCAGAAAAAUAAAAUAGAAGUGAUUGUUAA